GGACACACGGACGCCGAUGAAAGUGUUUAAGGACAUCACGCGAGCGAUAGCGCUGGUUCCCGAGGGAUUCCACGCGUUUCUUGUCGUCCUGCGAUACAACACGAAGAUGACUCAGGAGGAACGUCUGCCCAUCUACACCCUGAAGAAGAUGUUCGGAGACAGGAUACUCAGGGAGAGGGUGAUCUUCAUCUUUACGUACGGCGACGACUACGAUUCGUCGGAGAGGUUUGAGAUCUACAUCGAGAAGCAGAGGCUGAUCAGAAGCUACCUGAGCGAGUGCGAGUACCGGUACCUUCUGUGGAACAACCGAGAGACCAAUCAUGUGCGCAGCAGACGACAGGUCGUAAAGCUAAUCCAGCUGGUGGACAAGGUUAUGGAAAACAAACAAAUCCGUCACCCAUACAUAGAUAGGUACUUCCUUCUCGCUCGCCGGAUGCUGACUGAGGACAGGCGAUAUGGGCUGGAGGUGGAAGGGAAGACACCAGUGGACAGAGUAGCCAAUGUUAUCGCCCAGGCUAUGAGGAAGGACAACAGAUCCUGUUUCCCGGCUCAGAGUAAAGUCCUGACUGCCGACAGAGGCCCAGUCCCAGUGAGUGAGGUUAGAAUCGGCGACACACUCAUGUGCUGCUUGAUCGACGGACAUGUUUCUUUUGAGAAAGUCUUCUUGAUAGGCCACGCAGAUCCCAACUCGAAGACCUUUUUCGUGUGCAUCAAGACAAAACACGCUCAAAUCCAGCUUUCUCCAGAACACCACAUCCACAUCACCGGCAGAUCCACAGAUUUUACAACUACUGUUCCUGCAAGAGAUGUCAACACUGGCCACCUGAUUCUCGUCCUGGACAAACAGAAAGGUCUGUUAGUGCCGCAGGAAGUGACGUCGGUGACAUGGACCUGCGCUAAAGGACUUUACGCGCCUUUUACGAUGUGUGGGAAUGUCGUGGUGGACAAUGUCCUGGCUUCGUGUUACGUGGACGGGGUACCCCCGAGUUUGGCACACAGGUUGCUAUGGCCGGUGAGGCAGCUGUACAGAAUCUCACCAGGGUUUCUGAUGCACGCUUCCCACACAGAUUCAGAUGGAAUGCCGUGGUGGAUUAAACGAUUCUGUGAUCAUUUCCCACUACUGCAACCGCUACUUUGAAAAAUAAUAAUUAUACACAUAUCAGGGCUGUACUAGCGAGUUGAACGUAGGGAGUUGCCUGCCAGGACAGACGACAAAAAAGUGUCCCUUUUAUUUUAAAAGGCCCGAAUUUUUUUCCAGCUGAAACAAAAAGCU